UUGCCGUUGUUCAAGGCGUAGUUUGCUUUGCUUAGCAGCCUUGCUAUUCCACGACCACAACCAGCGAACCAGCCUAGCCUAGCCUUCACCCAGUUCAGUUUCGAUGUUCGAUCACGAUCAGACGAGGACGAGGUGUCUAGAGGACCUUGAUGGAUUAGAAAGUAGAAAGUUAAGUUUGUUUAGUCCUUGUCUGAUCUGCUGAGGUACCUGUGUCGUGUUCUGUGCCGACCUCUCCUCUAUCCGCCUCCGGUCCGGUGCUCAAAACAAUAAAUGAAUUCUAGAUAAGACACUCUACUCUGAACUCUGACACUGUUGUGAAGAAAGUAAACCGGUUAAAAGUACAGUUAUAGAUAGGCCUACCUUAGAGUAUUGUUGACAUGUCUGGUGUUGGUCGUGUAUUUAUUUAUGGUGGUAAAGGUGCACUAGGUGCGGCCUGCGUUUCAUAUUUCAAAAGUCAGAAUUGGUGGGUUGGCUCUAUUGAUAUGAAAGAGAAUGACCAAGCUGACUGCAAUAUUGUUGUAAAACCUGACGAUGGAUGGCAAGAACAGGAGUCAGCAGUAUUGAGUCAGGUAGCUAGCAGUCUACAGGGAGCCAAGCUGGAUGCAGUCAUCUGUGUGGCUGGUGGCUGGGCCGGUGGAAAUGCAGCAAGCAAAGAGUUUGUCAAGAACAGUGACCUGAUGUGGCGUCAGAGUGUGUGGUCGUCCGUGAUAGCUGCAUCUGUGGCCGCCCAGCAUCUCAAGGAGGGAGGGCUCGUGUCUCUACCUGGCGCCAAACCUGCUCUUGGACCUACUCCUGGCAUGGUUGGCUAUGGAAUGGCUAAGGCCGCAGUCCACCAGCUCACAAAGAGCUUGGCUGCAGAGAACAGUGGUCUGCCAGCUAACUGUCUGUCUGUGGCCACUCUGCCUGUCACCCUGGACACUCCAAUGAACCGCAAGUGGAUGGCUGAUGCUGACAAGUCUACCUGGACCCCCCUGGAGUUUGUUGCGGAUUUGUUUUACCGAUGGAGCAAGGGUGAAGAUAGACCCCCGAACGGUAGUCUCGUUCACCUUGUGACCAAGAACCACCAGACCGAAUUGAUUUAUGUAUAGAAACCUAAGGACUUGAACCAGCGAGAGAGGACCAAUUUACCAAUAUACCCUGCAUUUACAGUGAUAUUUUUAGAAGUUAAUUUUUUAUGUUUAUUCUUAGGCUUAUUUUAUUUUAUGGUUGUUGUUGGCAAUAAAAACAUAUAAGUAACUUGCAAAUGA